CAAACGAGACAAUUCAUUCGAGUGUUCGUCAUGACGGCUAGCGGCGGUCGAGGUAAAGGGUGGAAGCGACUCGAAGAGAAAGACCUGCUUGCUUGCGUGGCGGACAUUGUUCCCGUGGACACGAGCGGAUGGGACGACGUGGCGCUUGCAUUCAACUUUCACCGGCAAAAGGUCGACCGCCGUAAUGUGCAAGCCAUCAAACGAAGGUUCAAGCACUUGUGCUCGUUGACGAUCCUUACAGGUACCCUUGAGAUAAUGAGCUACAUGGCGAAGUUCAGUCGACGAUACAGCGGGGCUGACCAAUCGAGACCACAUCGUCGAGGCCCACCGCAUCCAGAACGACAUUGAUCGAAAAAAGGAGUCGCUUCGGGGAGACGUCACUUCCCAGCCCCACGGACUUCCUGCCGGGGAUGUGGCUUCGUCGACGACGACGGCACCUGACGAACCCCUCGCUCCGACGCCCCCCGCUCCACCUGCGCCAAUUUCCUCGACAGUUGCUUCUGCCAUUCUGCGGCCGAAACUGUUGGCUGCGCUGGGAAAGAAGAUCAUGACGCGUCCCAACAUGCCGCCGACACGACGCCAGCUCACGGAAGCCCUUCGAACCGUGCAUCCCGAACUCCCGACCAACCAACUUGGGUCCGAAGACGGUGCCGCCACCGACGGGCGGCAAGGGGACGAUGCCGGCACCACGGCGGCACGCCCAUGCACCACCAGUCGCGCCAGUUCCGCUCGGCCUCCGAAGCGGCCGCGCACAGCGUUGUCGUCCACGUACCCGCCGGACGAAGCGCCGACGUCGAUCAUGUCGAUGCUGUGGAUGCUAGAACAGUCUAGGGAGCAGUGGCUUCAGCAGAUGGAGGAGCGAAGGGAAAUGUGGGACAAGGAGCGCGACGACCGCCGCGAACGCCUGCGACAGGAGCGGGAACUCCGAGAGCGGGAGCGCGACGACUACCGCGACCAAAUGGAAGCGCGUCGGGACGAACGAGCUGUGAAACUGGACCAGCUCUUGACUUUGUUGCUCACCAAGUUGCUCGAGAACAACUACCCAGCCACCAAUCGGACUGUAUAACGGCAGCAGCCACUGCUACUUAGAAUGCUUCGUAGUAUUGGAUAAAAAGUGGUGUGAUGCUAGUAGUGUAACUGUUAUUAGCAGCACAACACAUGAUAUACACU